CUGUAUCUAAUCCUCUGAUGUGCCUGGUAAGGGUUACAAAUAUUGUAUAACUUUAUCCUGAGUCUGACACAUGCUGUUAUCAGACUUGGAUACCCUUGAUGAAAUAGUUCAGAAGGCAUUUUACUCCAGUAUGUAUUUGACCUGACCUCAGAGUGCUUGAUCCUGACAUUGACAAGUGGGAAAGAACAUAAAUUAUCAGAACUAGCAUCCCUUGCCUGAAGAGGACAUUCGCAAAACAAUUGCAGACUUAAAUAAGAUGUGUCAAAUUAUAAUUUAUAUCCUUUCAGAUACAGAAAUUGAUUGGAGAGCCUACAUGGAUGAGGUAGAAGGUGUAAUCAAUGGAACAUACGAUUAUACCCAGCUGAAAGGGGAGACAGGACCUCUGGUUUACCCUGCCGGCUUUGUCUAUAUCUUCACAAUGCUGUACUAUAUCACGGAUCAUGGAGUGAAUAUCCGCCUCGGUCAAUAUAUCUUUGCCAUCUUCUACCUCGUUACCCUGCUGCUGGUCUUCAGGAUCUACAAUCGCACAAAAAAGGUUCCACCUUUUGUAUUUUUCUUUAUGUGCUGUGCCUCCUAUCGGAUCCACUCCAUCUUCAUUCUGCGUCUCUUCAACGACCCUGUGGCUAUGCUUAUAUUUUACCUGGCCGUGAAUCUGUUUCUCGAUGGCCACUGGAAUCUCGGCUGUUUCUUCUUCAGUUUAGCAGUUUCGGUAAAGAUGAACAUCUUGCUCUUUGCUCCUGGAUUGCUCUUCCUUCUCCUCUUUGAGUUUGGAUUUGUGCAAACCCUCCCGAAGCUUGGAAUUUGUGCUGGGCUGCAGGUAAUACUGGGCCUGCCCUUCCUCAUGGAGAAUCCAGUUGGCUAUGUGGCCCGAGCAUUUGAUCUCAGACGGCAGUUUCUUUUUAAAUGGACGGUAAACUGGCGUUUUCUGCCUGAGGAAAUCUUCCUGAACCGCUAUUUCCAUAUGUUGCUGCUGGUUGCUCACCUCAGUGCACUGCUUCUCUUCUUGCUGUAUAGGUGGAACAAAACCGAGGAGGGAAUUUUGUCCCUUUUGAAGAAUCCAAAACAAAGAAAAUUUCAGUGCCAGACCCUGACAGCAAAUCAGAUCAUCUUUGUCCUCUUCACUUCGAAUUUCAUUGGUGUGUGUUUCAGCAGGUCAUUACACUAUCAGUUCUAUGUCUGGUACUUCCAUACUUUGCCAUACCUCCUGUGGAGUACCCAUGUGAAAAACGUUGCUCACCUGUUCAAGGUACUGAUUCUGGGAUUAAUUGAGUUGGCAUGGAAUACCUAUCCGUCAACUGUGUACAGCUCGCUGGCUCUCCACACCUGCCACCUGAUCAUUCUCCUGUCUCUGUGGUACAGUUACUCUGAUCCUGAGAAGAGCUCAUCAGCAACUGAGCUGGAAACACUGAAGAAGAGGAAGUAAUUUGCUGGACUUGUAGCUGGUCCUGCAACAUGGCAGCCUUGGUUUUAACUUAUUUGGGGAGAAAUAAAUUCUCCUGAAUUCAGGGUGAUUGGCUGGGCAUUUCCAAAUUAAAUAAUUGGGAGAAGGGGGGAAACUAGCAAGCUGGACUGACUGCAUGGAAACAGGAACUUUGAUGUCAUGCUCAGCUUUUUUUUUGCAUGCAGGUUUGCAGUUAUAUUCUCCCCUUAAGUUUUACUGUGAACUUCCAUACCCGAGAUGGAGCCACGUUCCAAGAAAGAACCUAGAUCAAAGUAUUAGCUUUGUGCUUAGGGUGGAAUAAUUCUGGUUAGCAGUAGUUUGCCUGUGUCCUCUGUUGUUAUCACUUGGGCCAUGCCAGCAUUUUAUUUCAACUCGCCUUAUUUCUGUAUCCAAGGAAAAUGAAUGUGGGCUUUUCGAAGGUUUGGAAUAGUGUAGCUAAUAGGUCGAAUUCUGAACUUUAAUUUCAUAAAAGUUGUGUUUUAUUACCUUUUUUUGUUCAGAUCAAAUAUUCUAUUUCUGUUUUUAGAGUAUACCAUCUUGUGACACAAAUGACUGUAUAAAAGAGAAUUUUAAACAGGUCUUGUACACCACAAGUGUGUGACUGUGGUAAAGAGUUUGCAGUUAAUCUCCAGAAUUGGGGCACACUAGUGCAACAUCUUGUAAUUCACUCCUUCUCGGACCUAAUACCAUAAUAUUGCAUGCUGGGUGAGUUACAUAUACAUCUGGCCAAAGGACAAUUUGUACAGUUUUGACAUCAAGUAACCGUGCAUUUUGUUCCAGAUAUGUUUGCCACUUUGUCAAAAGGAUAAAACUGAGCAGAGUGCUGAGAUUGGGACUUGCAUUCUGAGGUUACUAUGGGGUGACUUCAGUGAAAAUUCAUUGAAAAUCUUAACUAACAGUGCCAUAUCUACAGCAAUGCACACCUGUUUCAAACUUAGUGGCUGGUUUAAGGAGUUAAGGAGACGAAGGAUAAAAUACUACAUGGAGCUAAACUAAGGGAGGAACCUUCAGGAUUUAUUAUGAACAGAAAACAUGGCAAUAGAUAAACUAAUGGGAAUCAAAGUAGACAAAUCUAUCACCAAGAUAUUAAAGUAAAGAAUUUACAGAUGCAUAUUAGUUAUAAUUUUCUAAUGUUCUAGAGUCAAAAAUGUUUCCCAGUGUUCUGUACUGGGGCUUCAGCUUUGCUCCUUGUAAAUGACCUGGAUAAAGGAGUAGAGGACAGUAUAUCCAAUUCUGCAGGGAAUGCUAAACAAGGAAAUGUAGUAAAUUGUGAAGAUGAAAGUAGGAGAUUGCAAAGGCAUACAGGCAGAUUAGUUGACCUGGCCCCGUCCAUUUUGGAUUAAGGAAGACAAAUUGGAAUAAAUUCUUAAUUGGGAGGAAGGAGGCAAAAUACUAUGGAGUAGUGGAUGAGCAAAGGGAUUCAGGUGACCAGGUUCACAGGUACAAAAUGUAAUCCAAAAGGUUCACGGAAUAUUGGCCUUGAUCUCAAUAGGAUUGAAAUAAAAAAGCAAGGAAGGAAUGCUACAGUUGUACAGAGCCCUGAUUAGACCUCAUCUGGGAUAUUGUGUUCAGUUUGUGUCAUUCAUCAGGAAAAAUAUACUGGUUUGGAGGUAAAUCAGGAAUGAGUGGACAAUCUUAAAGUUAGAUAUAAAAAUUCAGAACAACAUUUUUUUUUCUCACAAAGGUUUGUGGAAAUGAUGAAUUCACUUCCACAAAAGAUUUUAGAUGCUGGGUCAAUUGAAAUAUUUAAGAAGGCGGCAGAUGGAUAUUUGGUAGGCAGCAGUAUGAUCCAAUUAAAUGAUGGAGGAGACUUGAAUGACUUUUUAAAUCUACAACGUACAAAAUGUUAUCCUUUUGAACAGAGGAACAAUAACAACAUUACAUUUAUAGAGCAUAAAACAGGAAGCGGCCACUCAGCCCAAUGAGCCUGUUCCACGCGGUUACUAAAUCUUGGUAGAUUUUUUAAUCCAAACGUUCUGCCCUGUCACCAUACCCUUUAAUACUCAGGUAUCUGUCUCUCUCUAUUUUAUAUAUCUUUAUUGAUUCUACCACCUCUACGUCCUUCUGGAGUCAGCAUUCCACACCUGCACAAUCCCCUUUGAAGAAAUGCUUCUUCACCUCAGUUCUAACUCUUAAAUUCCGAAUUAUGUCUUAACUUUACAUAAGUGGGGUUGUCCACUGUUGUACAUGGUGUGCUUUUACUGGGAUUUGCUGAAUAGUUUUAUAAUGCAUAUUGAACACUGAAUUUCUUUGUGAUCAAUUGGAAAUUAUUUCUAUAUGAACCUUCAGCAAUGAUGCAAAUGUCUAUGUAGCACUCACUGUCAUGUGUAAACAGCCACAGCUAUAGGACAUUGGAUUACAGAAAAUAAAUGACUUCAACCAA